AUGGGUCCACCAGGAAACCCUGGAUCCAGAGGUCACGAUGGUCUUCCAGGCCCCGUUGGCCCCCCCGGCCCUCCCGGACCCCCAGGGGAGAUGAUUUACCACCAUGAGAAGGCCAUGCCCAUCAAGUCUCAUGAGGUGGUCAUGCCCCACGAGAUGAUGAAGGCCCCCAUGUCUGCCUUCAGCGCGGUGCUCACUCACGCCUACCCCGCGGCUCAGGUCCCCAUCCAGUUCAACCAGGUCCUGUACAACGGCGAGCAGCACUACGACGAGCACAGCGGCGUCUUCACCUGCCAAGUGUCCGGUCUCUACUACUUCAGCUACCACAUGCACGUGAACGGCGCCAACGCUCUGGUGGCUCUGUACAAGAACGACGAGCCUCAGGUCUUCAGCUACGACGAGUACAACAAGGGUUUCCUGGACCAGAUGUCCGGCAGCGCGGUGCUGAUGCUGCAGCCCGGAGACCGCGUCUACAUCCAGGUCCCAGACGAGGAGAGCAACGGCAUCUUCGCCGCCGACAACGUCCACUGUGUUUUCUCUGGCUUCCUGAUCGCCUCCACGUGA